CUGAGCAGCAGAGGAACAUUUUCAGCCACUUGGACUCAGCUCAGUCACGAUGGAUUCAACACAAAAGGACCAACAUGGAGAGAGAAGUCAGUGCUCUCAAGAGGCCAACAAACUUCACAGAAAUAAGGCGGAGGAAACAUACAGCUGUGACGAGUGUGGGAAGGAGUUUAUUGGGCAGUCUAACCUGAAAUGUCAUCAACUCAUCCACACUGAAGAGAGACAAUUUAGCUGUGACUUGUGUGGAAAAUCUUUUACUAAGCCUGAACACUUAAAAACACACCAACUCAUACACUGCAAAGUUAAAGCGCUCAGCUGCGAUCAGUGUGGCAGAGUUUUCACUCAGUGUAGCAGCUCAACGAUGUAUCAAGUUACCCACCCUGGAAUUAAGGUGGAGGACUGUGACAUGUGUGGAAAAACUUUCAGCCAGUUAGGAUACCAAAAUAUACAACUACCCACUCACACUCUACAUGGUGAUUACUACUGUGAUCAAUGCGGCAAAAAGUGCGCAACAGACACAGAAUUGCACCACCACCUGUUUACACACACUAUGGAGAGACCUUAUAAAUGUGACCUGUGUAAUAAGGCUUUUACAACUCUACGGUUCCUGAAAAAACACCAACAGAUCCACACCAGAAAGAAACUCUACAAGUGCAGUUACUGUGAGAAGCAGAGCGACACAGAUGGAUCCAGUUCUCAACCCUGUCAUCGCUGUGGUGGUGGGAAAGCGUUUCGUUGUGACCUUUGUGGAAAAACUUUCAAUCAGCAGCGGUGCCUAAAAUUACAUCAGCGUAGACACACUGGAGAUAAAAUGAACUACUGCAAAGAAUGUGGGAAAGGCUUCCCCACACCGAGUGAAUUAAAAAAACAUGAACUCUGUCACAGUGGGGUUAAAAAGCACGUGUGUGACCAGUGUGGGUCAUCCUUCACCACUGCAUGUGACCUUAGAAAGCAUAAACGAGUCCACACAGGAGAGAAACCAUACAAGUGCAGACACUGUGACAAGAGCUUUUCACAAUCAAGUUGUCGUAACCUUCAUGAACGUACACACGUUAAAGGGAACUUCAGCUGUGACCAGUGUGACAAAAGCUUCAUGAAUCUCAGUUCAUAUUCCAAACAUAAACGAUCCCACGCUGUAAAUAAACUGUUUCACUGUUACCAAUGUGCAAAAACAUUCACUUCAUUAUCUGCUCUGUGCAAGCAUCAGCGUGAUCAUGCAGGACUGUGAUCACUGGAUCACAAUGAAUCUGAAGAGACAGAAAGAUCCUCUUCUGGUUUCAGGGUCAGACUUAAAAACCUUGAGAUCAGGCUCCACAGAGUUCCGCUGGAGUCUCCUGUAAAGAGUGUCAGCUGAUGUCACACUUGGAUCUGAUGAGGUAGCUCUGCUUUCUGGACCUGCAGUGAAUAAU